AUGACGUCCCCAUUCCUCACCCGGAACGCCCUGGCCGAUACAGAUAGCCUCGCCCUUUUGCAACUCCGUCGCGACCAGAUCAUUCCGACGAUCCUCCGCGACCAUGACGAUGAGAACCAAGGAUAUUGGGAAGGCAAAGUCACCAACACCCGCUUCGGCUCAUUCCCACACAGCACUCUAAUCGGGCAACCCUGGGGCGCGCAAGUUGUCGCUUCAAAAGUCGACACAGGCUCGCGCGGUCGCAACAAACCCGCCAAGCGCAAAGCCGAAGAGCUUGAUGCUGAGGCAACAACAACUGGCGCAGAGGAGGAGAACAAUAAGCCAUCAUUAAGAGCCCCUGUCUCUGCGGAAAGCGGGUUCCUACACAUCCUCGCCCCAACCCCCGAAGCGUGGACCAUAUCUCUUCCGCACCGCACGCAGGUCGUCUACACCCCAGACUACAGCUACAUCCUCCACCGACUCCGUGCACGACCUGGGUGUACAGUGAUUGAAGCCGGCUCCGGCAGCGGCUCGUUCACGCAUGCCUCCGCUCGCGCCGUUUUCAACGGGUAUCCCGGGACAGAAGAAGCAACCAAACGGCGACGACUAGGGAAGGUAUGCAGUUUCGAAUUCCACGAACAGCGCGCGGCGAAAGUGCGGCAGGAACUCCGAGACCACGGUCUCGACGGGGUGGUGGAGGCUACGCAUCGCGACGUCUAUGAGGACGGAUUUUUGUUAGGCGAUCCGAAAACCGGCAAAUCACCCAAAGCCAACGCCAUCUUCCUGGAUCUUCCUGCUCCCUGGCUCGCGCUGAAACAUCUUGUGCGCAAUCCACCCGAUGGACAGGAAUCGGCUCUCGACCCUGAAUCGCCCGCUUAUCUGUGCACAUUCUCGCCCUGUCUCGAGCAGGCAGAGCGUACAAUCCGCACUAUGCGCAAGCUGUCAUGGCUCAAUAUUUCAAUGGUGGAAGUCGCCCAGCGUCGGCUUGAUGUCAAGCGGGAUCGUAUUGGGCUGGAUACCGAGGGCGUGCGCGGAGCUACACUGUUUCCCAAGACCGUCGAGGAGGCAGUCGCAAAGCUUCGCAGUGAUGAACAACGUGCCAAGCUCAUGCGUGACAACCGAAUGACCAAAGACCAGCCAGAUUAUCAGCCGUUUGUGAAAGAGACACCGUUCUAUAAAGAGAAGACUGAAGUCCCUGUAUAUGCUCAGGGUCGCUUGACGCAUCGGUCAGAGCCGGAUCUCCGAACUCACACCUCAUACUUGGUCUUUGCGAUCCUGCCUCGGGCUUGGUCUGAAGAAGAUGAGAAAAAGUGCCGGGAUCAAUGGCCAUCCGCCAAGGUUAAGCCCGAUAAUGAGCCGAAGAUGAGCAAGAAGCAAAUGAAGAGAGAGGCUGCAAUGGAACGGGCAAAGCUUCGCGACCAACGGAAGCAAUCGGAAGAAAAUACACAGCCAGAAUCGGAAGAUAAGCCUGAGGAAGUAAAGGUCGAAGGAGAGAGCACCGAGGCAUGA